UAAUUUUCAACCAAUGAAAUAAGAGCAUAAUUUUAUACGUCUAAUCAGCUGACGAAUGAGGUGUUUAAAAAAGUAAAUUUGUUUACUGCACGUGGGUACCAAAAGGCCAAAACAACAAAAUCUGCCUUGAGUACUUUUAUACUUUAAAUAAAAUAAUUUGCCCGUGACAAUGGGAUUGACAAAACAAUACUUGCGUUAUCAGCCGUUGGAUAAUUUUAAUAUUAUUGGCAGUGCUCGAUCGAAUGUAGUUUUCACGCCGAUCGGAGGUGUCGAUGGACGGUUUGUCGCAGUUGGCGGAGCUGAGAAUGUUCUCAUAUGGGAUUUGCGUAUCGGUGAGAAAGUGUUCGAGUUACGUCGAUCCAAGGAAGAAGUUUGUCAUGUGUCUGCCAGUUUGGAUAAGAAGCACUUAGCAGUCGGAUAUGCGGAUGGCGUUGUGGAGCUCUUUGAUCUGGACACGAAACAGAGCGUUGCUACAUUUGCAGUACACCGAAGUGCCAUUAGUUGUCUGCGUUUCGAUAAGCUUGGACUAAGACUGCUGUCUGGUGGAUUAGAUACAGAACUUGUGGUAUCCGAUGUCGUAGCACAAGCUGGACAGUGUCGUCUAGUGGGCCACACGGGCCCAAUUACUGAUGCACACUUUAUGACACGCUUCGAAAAUAUCGUUGUAUCAUGUUCAAAAGAUACCCAGAUUAAAUUUUGGGACAUUGAGACCCAAUUUUGCUUCAAAACCAUUGUCGAUCAUAAAAGCGAAGUGUGGGGCAUUGGACUACUUCGAGAUGAUAAUUUUCUAGUUACUGCUUCCAGUGAAUCUUCACUUCGUGUGUAUAACAUAAUGGAGAAUGAUAAAAGUGUCACGGUGGAAAGCUCCGAUGUAAUGGACGACAGUGCAAGUCCUCUCAAAUGCAAUUUUAGCGGUUGCAUUCAACGUUUAGGUCGCGGCCGAACAAUGAAUUUGAUCACUGAUGGUAGCGGAAGUAUUAUAGGGUGUCACGGUACCGAUACAACAAUCGAACUUUUUUACUUUUGUACAAAAGAAGAAGGAGAUGCUCGUUUGAAGAAACGCUUGAAAAAAAUGUCAAAAUCUCUGAACACCGAAGAAAAUGAAAAAAAUAAUGAAAUUAGUUUGACAGACAAAAUCAAACGAUUGCCAUCAAUUAAAGCGGAAGGAAAAGUCAAAUCAUUCGACAUUCUUAUCGGAACAAGCGGUGAGCUACGCGUGGCAGCGUCAUUUGCCAACAAUUUACUCAAGCUUUUCUCGCUAAACUAUACACAAAAGCAUGCUGAGGCCACAAUUUUGCGAACAAUUGCUCAACACGGUCACCAUACAGAGGUUCGUUGUGUCGCAUUUAGCUCCGACAAUCUGGCUGUUGCAUCAGGAAGUGGCGAGGCAGUUAAAUUAUGGAAUCGCAACACCACAGCAUGCUUGCGAACGGUGUCCGUCGACUAUGCCCUUAGUACGUGUUUUGUCCCGGGUGAUCGUCAUAUCUUGGUAGGUACCAAGUCGGGCCAUUUGCUAAUCGUUGACGUUGUUAUUGGAGAAAUAAUUGAGGAUAUUCCGGCGCACGAUAGUGAGCUAUGGAGCAUUUGCCUUUUUCCUGAUCAACGAGGCUGUGUCACAGCUGGCGAUAAGACCACAAAAUUUUGGACCUUUGAGUUAAUUCAAGAUCCAAAUGAUGAAAGCAAAAAAAUCUUGUCGUUGUUGCACAAAUCUACACUAACUCUCGACGAGUCUGUUCUUUGUGUGCGAUUAUCGCCGAACAACAAGUUUACUGUUGUUUCUUUGCUUGAUAACACCGUUAAAAUAUUUUUUUCCGAUUCCUUCAAGUUUUAUCUCUCGUUGUAUGGACAUGCCAUGCCUGUGUUGAGUCUGGACAUCUCAUAUGAUUCAACGUUGGUUGUUAGUGGUUCAGCAGAUCGAAAUAUCAAAAUUUGGGGUAUGGAUUAUGGUGAUUGCCAUCGUUCGCUAUUCGCUCACGAUGAUAGUGUGAUGAGUGUCAAAUUUAUUCCGAAAACACAUCUAUUUUUCACGUGUGGUAAGGAUGGAAAAAUCAAACAGUGGGACGCCGAUACUUUUCAAAAGAUUCUCACGUUACCCGGACACAUCGGAGAAGCCUAUGCUUUGGCAGUAAGUCCUAAUGGUAGAUACUUAGUGAGUGCUGGUUCUGAUCGUGUAAUCCGUUUGUUCGAACGGACUGAUGAGCCUUUGGUACUGCAAGAUGUCCAAGAGGAGGAACGAGAGGAAAUUGAGAGCCGCACACUAGCUACGGGUGCUGAUUCCACCGUUGCUGCAUUGCCAAACCUAAAGCUACCAUCACGUAAGACCGUUGGAUCUGAAAAGGCAGCAGAAUCCAUAUUGGAGUGUUUGGAGAUUUCAAAGCAGUUCGAGCUGCAGGACAAUAAGAAAGACAUACCGGCCCUUAUGCAAGCAUUCGAAGCUAAAAAUUGCGAUGACUUUCUGAUAAAUGUUUUGGGACGCAUUCGUGCCAGUGACAUGGAAGAAGGUCUCUUGUUGCUGCCUUUUUCGACCGUCUCUGAUAUUCUUAAACGAAUGCCACACCUCAUCAAAACAAGAAAGGACCAAACGGAAUUGCUUUGUAAGGUCAUUCUAUUUUGCUUUAAAGUACACCAGAAACCUCUGAUGACGAACCAAACUUUGCUUCCGACAAUUCGAGACAUUCAGCAGCACUUGAGCAAUUCGAUUACUGAACUACGAGACAUGAUAGGAUUCAAUUUGUAUGGUUUACAAAUGUUACAGCGGGAAAUCGAAUCAAAUGAUGGUGUCGAGUUGUUCAGAGAUGCAUCAAAAGAAAAACGUGAACAUGACAAAAAGAAGAAAAAACGGCAUCUAACAAAACGUUUACAUGUGCAAAUGAGUACAUAAACAUAUGUUUUAGAUUUAUUAUUUACCUAUAUAAAUAAAUGCAAAUUGUAUUUUUAAAUAUAUAA